ACAUGGGCAUCGGCCUGUCCGCUCAGGGUGUAAACAUGAACAGACUCCCAGGUUGGGAUAAGCACUCGUACGGUUACCACGGAGACGACGGUCACUCCUUCUGCUCGUCCGGCACCGGGCAGCCCUACGGACCCACGUUUACAACGGGCGACGUGAUUGGCUGCUGCGUAAACCUCAUCAACAACACCUGCUUCUACACAAAGAACGGACACAGCCUAGGUAAGGAGCACAGAAACAAAGUUCAACAACUUCUGUUCCACUGUACAGUAAUAAUGUGAUUUUUGUUUACAUAAGCAACAAAUGAGCUUUCCUGCUAAAGUCUCUUUCUAAUCUCACGAAAGCUAGCGAUCAUCACCUGGGAGAAUCAGGUCUCCAGACUAACUUUCUAUAUUAGUUACAUUUUUGUGCCUUAUAG